AGAGUCUUGUCUGCGUCACGUGAGCGCGAGCUUGUUUUCCCCAGUGAGGUAGUUAAUCAGCGCUGCACGGGCUCUCCGCGCUCUGAAACACGUCUCGCGCAGGUUGAAGUGAAAGAACUUCAUGUGAAGGUUUUGUAGGACAUCCAAGUUAACUAACACCAAAGAUGCGUGCGAGUGUGUGUGUGUUGGUGUGUUUGAUGCUGGGCGUGUGCAGCGCUCUCAUCUGCCCCGAUGGAGGAAUGUGUGACCAGGGAAACACCUGCUGCCUGACACCAGGAGGCGGAUACGGAUGCUGCCCGCUGCCUAACGCCGAGUGCUGCUCAGAUCACCUCCACUGCUGUCAUGAGGGAACACUGUGUGACAUGGCACAUGGCAGGUGUGUGAACAAAACACACACUCUAGCGUGGGUGAGGAGAGUCAGUGCCAAGCAGACUGCGCUACCUCGGGCUGUGGUGUGUCCUGACCAGGAGUCUGAGUGUCCUGAUGACACGACCUGCUGCCAGAUGCCUGAUGGGAAAUGGGGCUGCUGUCCAAUGCCCAAUGCUGUGUGUUGUGAAGAUAAAAGACACUGCUGUCCCCAGGGCACCACCUGUGACCUCCACCACUCCAGGUGUGUAUCGGCGCCUGGUGACUCCACCCCUCUACUGAGGAAAUUCCCAGCCGUCCGCAAAGGAGAGAAAAGCGAUGCAGCAAUGAAUGAGAUACCCGGGGAGUUCACACACAGUAAUGAUGUGAUUUGUCCAGAUAAAGUGUCCACGUGCCCAGAUAAGACAACCUGCUGCCAGCUACCCAGCGGGAGUUACGGCUGCUGCCCCAUGCCAAGCGCUGUGUGUUGUGAGGAUCACAUGCACUGCUGUCCUGCAGGCACGGUCUGUGACCUCGAACAUGCUGCUUGCGUCAUGACCAAUGAGCUUGCGCGGAUGACCGAGGCCCCGCCCAUUGUCCAAUUAAAACCGGCAGUGGACUCGGUACCCUGUAACGACUCGGUGGUGUGUGCGACCGGCUCCACCUGCUGUAAGAAACAGGAUGGAAAGUGGGCGUGCUGUCCGCUCCCUGAGGCGGUGUGUUGUGAGGACCACACCCACUGCUGCCCCCACGGCACCGUGUGUAACCUUUCCGAGGGUACUUGCGACGACCCUGCUGACCGCUCCCUCUCCGUUUCCAUGGUGAAGAAAGUUCCCGCUUUACCACAUCCUUCACAAACCGCCAAUGAAAAAUGUGACCCGACGUUUUCGUGCCCACAAGACUCUACCUGCUGCAAGUUGGUAUCCGGGUCAUGGGGAUGCUGCCCCCUACCUCAGGCGGUGUGUUGUGAGGAUCAUCAGCACUGCUGCCCCCACAACACGGUGUGUAACAUGGCGGCGGGGACGUGCGACGGUGUCUCCGGCGUGGGCGUGGGCUUGACCGUCCCCUGGGUGAGCAAGACGCCCGCCGUGGCACUGACGCCCGAGAACGAGCGCUGCGACGAGACCGCAGCGUGUCCGAGUGGUACGACCUGCUGUAGACAGAAAACAGGAAACUGGGCCUGCUGCCUGCUGCCACAAGCCGUUUGCUGUGAGGAUCACGAACACUGCUGUCCUCAGGGAUACAAGUGUGAUGCUGCUCAACAGUCCUGUGAACACCCGUCUCUACCCAGCAUGCCGUGGGCCAGGAAGCGUCCAGCGCUGAGCGUGAGGCCGGACUCGCAGCAGGAACACAAGUGUGAUGCGCACACCAGCUGCCCCAGGGGCAGCACCUGCUGCUUCAUGGUGAAAAUCAGCAAGUGGGGCUGUUGCCCUCUGCCACAGGCUGUGUGUUGUGAUGAUGGAGAUCACUGCUGUCCUAGCAGCUAUACCUGCGAUAAGAUGAGACCCAUCUGCGUGAAGGGAAAACUGCAGAUCCCGUGGUUCAAGAAGCAGCCGGCCAUUAGCGCUCAGGGUUCAGAGGUCACGCAAAACAUCGAGGACGUGAAGUGUGAUGACACUACCAGCUGUGCGGCGGGCACCACCUGCUGCAGGUUAAGCUCAGGGACGUGGGGCUGCUGUCCCCUGGUCAAGGCGGUUUGCUGCGAGGACCAUGAACAUUGCUGCCCACACGACUACACCUGCGACCUGCAAACUGGAACCUGCAUUAAACCCUCCUCCACACAUGGAGUCGCACUCACACUCCUAGACACACUCUCCGCCAUAGAUAAAGAUGAGGUGAUGUGCGACACCACACGACGUUGCUCUAAGAGCCAGACCUGCUGUAGGACGUCGGACUCUGACUGGGCCUGCUGUCCCUUUCACCAGGCGGUGUGCUGUGAGGACAUGAAGCACUGUUGCCCUAAGGGAUACACCUGUGACCCUGAAGAACGUUGCACUAAACAGUCUCCGCUCACAUGGUGGGACGAUUUACUGUAGAGAAACAUCAUCACACCAAGAGUUGGCAUAAAACCUCACCUGAAUCAGGACAAGGGACUAUACAGCAUAGUUGUGUUUAGAUUUUGUUGUUGGUGUUCUAUUCUGCGAUUUUGUUUUACUAAAACUGACAUUGAAAAAUUUACACAAUAUUAAUUGUAUUGAAUCCAAACCACUCCAAGCUUUGAUACCCUUAAUGAGUUUUUUUGAUUUCAAGUCGUUAUUUCAUAUUGCGAAGUAUGCCAUCUAGUUUCUGCAUAAAAUGACCAAUUAAAAUUCGUUUCUUCUCAGGUGUGAAAGACAGACCUUACAUAAUUUCUUUCCCUGUUUACACAUUCUUAAAUUAGAUUCACAGAGACAGAACUGAAUGUAUUGUAAUGCAUAUAAACUGCACAACGUCAAUGUCAAAAAUAAAUCUAAACUGCUUUACUGUUACCCAAGCAAAUGCUACAAGUAGAGAAAGACUUGUUGACAUUUUUCAGAAAGUCUUUAUUGGCUGAGUUAUCAUUUGAGCAUGAGCAUGAACGAUUGAUUGUACCCCUGCUGGAAAGUCCACUUCAUUUGAUUCCUCAUGAUUAUUACCCUCCUGGCUGGCUGGCCAAAUUUGUCACCAAUUUUGUUCCCAUUGUUAAUGGAUAACAACCCCAAGUUUUAAAGUGGAUGUACUUGUAUGCACAAACCCUUAUAAGUUAUUCAUUUCUCAUUUUCCGUUAGUCGUUUUAUUAGUAGGAGUUUUCAUUUUCCGUUAGGUGUUUUAUUAGUAGGAGUUUUAAUUUUGAAAGCUUUUAGUAUUUAAGUUUAGUGACCACUUAAGAUUUUGACUUUUUUUAAUUAUUAUUUAACUAGAUUUUUUUUUUUUUUUUUAAUUUAAAUUUUGUGUCAGACGAAAAAACUAAACAAAAAAAAAACAUACAUUUAGUUUUUAGAUUAGUUCGAUUUGCUCUGAUCGCAUGAGAGUUUGCUGCAUAGUAGGUCCCCUAAAGGGGACCCCGUCACGACUUGCACAAGCUUAGUGUUCCUUAAAUACAUGUUAGAAAUUGUUGGUUGUUGCUUUAUUUGAAAGCCAACCUUAAUGGCUGGCUUUUAAAUAAGACAUGAAAUGUAAAUUAUUUUUUACAAGUUUUGAAUGAUUUAUCUAUAUUGUUAAAUCAAUAUUUUUUUCUCAUUUUUUCUUUCAAUUAUACUUUACUACUGAUGAAACAUGGAAAUAAAGAGUUUGAAAAAGA